GCCCAGCCCCAGCCGGGCUUUUUCGGAGCGGCUGGGCCUUCGGAGCCUCUGGAACGAGCCACCCCCGGGUCUCCGACGCCUCUGCUCGCAAGUAGGAGGCCUUCGCUGACUCCCGCCCCCGGCGCACGCGGCCUCCUGGGAUCACCCCGUGGCGCCGGGUGAGCUGCUGGAGGUCUCCUAACCAGAAUUCGGGACAGCCGGUGCCGGUGUCUGACAGCUUGAACUUUUCCUAGGUCAUGCUGCGCGUUUCUUCUGAGACUUCGUGCGCUCAUCGGUGAAAUAAAAGCAGUAUUUCCCCCACAGUUUCCUCCGAGGAUUUUAUGACUUUUCUCCUUCACAAGAUAGUUCUAGAAACGAUCGGAAAGACAGACGCCCUCCACUCCCAGGGACUGUGUUGCCUUCAGGAGUUUGGAGUCAAGGCCAGUGAAUGAGAAGGGCCUGUCUGCAUCCUGUCCUCAACACCUUCAGGAAAACUUCGUUUCUAGCGUUUAGAACGACUUCUCCAGGGCUAUGAUCCCUCAGGCUUGAGCUGUUUGCGAGGAGAAAAAAAAAGCUGUCUCCUGAGCCUCAAAAUGGCAGCUAAGAUGGAGAUAACGCUGAGCUCUCAGUCCCACAUUCAGGCUUCUUCCAAGCAAGAGAGACACAUCAUAGCAAAGCUAGAAGAGAAGCGGGGGGCGGCUCUGCAAAAGGACUGCGCCAACCCUGAGGCCUCCCGCCAGAGCUUUAGACGGUUUUGUUAUCAAGAGGUGUCUGGACCCCAAGAGGCACUCUCCCGGCUCCGGCAGCUCUGCCGGCAGUGGCUGCAGCCCGAGCUGCACACCAAAGAGCAGAUUCUCGAGCUGCUGGUGCUGGAGCAGUUCCUGAACAUCCUGCCCCCCGAGAUCCAGGCUCGGGUCAGGCAUCGAUGUCCAAUGAGCAGCAAGGAGAUGGUGACUCUGGUGGAAGAUUUUCACAGAGCAGCCAAGAGACCAAAGCAGUGGGUGGCUGUUUGUAUGCAGGGGCAGAAAGUGCUCUUGGAAAGAACUGGAUCUCAGCUUGGAGAACAGGAACUGCCAGACUUUCAACUGCAAACUCCUAGGAGAUAUCCUAGGGAGAACUGUUUGGAGGAGCCUUUCCAGGCAGGACUUCAGGACCAGUUUAGCCCCCAUCAGUGGGAAAAAUUCCCACUCCUUCUGGAGCCAGCCACCAAAUUGGCUGGGACAGAGGCCCCCAGAAUGAAAAGUGAGAACAAGGAGAAUCCACAACAGGAAGGUGCUAAAGGAGCAAAGCCAUGUGCAGUGUCACCCAGCAGACCCAAAGGGAAUCGUUUGCAGAGUCCUGAUCCAAGAGGGGCAAAUAUGAGUGAAUCCCGGUUGUCACGAAGGCAGGUCAGCCCCCCAAAUGCUCAAAAGCCAUUCACUCACUUCCAGAGACAUUACAGGGAACUGGAAUAUAUCAGCAGCCCCCUAAAAAACCAUCCACUGAGAGAGCUGAAGAAAAGCAAAGGAAGUAAAAGAAGCCUGAACAGUCGUUUGCAACGUCUUAGUCACCAGACGACCCACUCAGUGAAGAAACCUUACAAAUGCGAUGACUGUGGGAAAAGCUUCACAUGGAAUUCAGAGCUGAAAAGACACAAGCGAGUCCACACAGGGGAGAGACCCUAUACCUGCGGAGAGUGUGGCAACUGCUUUGGGCGGCAAUCAACUCUGAAACUGCACCAGCGGAUCCACACUGGAGAGAAGCCGUACCAGUGUGGCCAGUGUGGGAAAAGCUUUCGCCAGAGCUCAAACCUUCACCAGCAUCACAGACUUCACCAUGGGGACUGAAAGCAGAGCUUUGGUCUUUCUGUUCAGAAGGAAGGUAUUCAUGUUUCUCCUUCCCCUUACUUGCAUAUAAAUUAUAAAGACUGUCUGUGGGACUUACGAGGAACGCAAGAGGUCCCUGAAGAAUGACAGUGUACAUUUCACUGGUGAGGGAUCCCAGAAGAAGCUGUUGGGGACAUGACCAUGCACGGUGACAGGGUGAAGAAAUGGCAGAUCUGAGCAUUGGUUGAAAGGGAACUGGGGUCUCUGCUGGAGAGUGGGGCAUAACUACUGAAGGAGCAUCAGGAUGAUCCUGCAGGUGUCCCUGUCCCAUGUUAUAUCUUUUCUGCACUGCUUUAUUUAUCCUCAAGGGUAUAUUCUAUAUAUAGUUAUACAUUUGCUGUUAUACCAAGCAAUCUUUAUCAUGCACACACUUCUUUAAUAAAGAUGGGCGAUACACAAGAA